AUGAACUACAUGCAAGGCGACGGACGAGGGCUGGGGGGAGGACCGCCACCCCCACGCCCCACGAGCGGCUACAUACAGCACCAGCACCUGCAGGGGCACCAGCAUCAUCAGCCGCCUCAUCUCGGCGGCGGCAUGCAGGGACCACAUCACGGCCAGCAGCAGCACCCCGCGCUGCAACAGCAGCACCACGCGUACCAGCAGCAGGCGCAACAUCAGCCACCGGCUCAGCACCACCCUCCUCUGCCCUCCACGGCGUCAUCGAUGUCGCAUCACCACGGCAUGGGCUCGAAUGGCGGCAUGGGGAACAACCUGAUGGGCUCGAAUGGCGGCCUCGGCAUCGGUUCCUCGCUCGACGACGAUCAGCUGUUCAAGCAAUUCUUGAAGCAGGACACCGGCAGCUCGGGCGUGGUGGAUCUGGAGUACGACGGCGACGACGCGUUCCAGAAAAUGGAAGAGGAACUCAUGAACAACGAUUAUCUCUUCGACGCCCCGAUCAUGCAGAUGCCUCCUGUCGGUGCCGAUGCCCUGUCGAACCCUCCAUCGGCCCCUCUGAGCAGCGGCAGAUCGAACGGCCAACAACAGACGGCCAGCGGGCGAGAUGUAUCCACCAGCAUCGAGGAACAAGGGCUUCGAUCCUUCGAAUUCGACCAGCAGCGGGCCAUCAUCAGCCUGGGGAACCGCCUCCAACGAGACUUCGACAACCUCUACUACUGCAACAUCUUCCACUUCACCUUCGACUACUUCCACAACGACUACAUCGACGUCUCCUUCUUCCACUUCUACCACGACCACAGGCUCACCUCCGUCAUCUUCACAACAGCAACCAGCAGGCCAAGGGGCGGGAGGUAA